AUGACAGCAGUGGUCGACGACGGCGGAUUUAGAGUAGACUCUUCUUCCACUGCUACCGCCGGUUCGGAUUCCUCUAAUCCAUCAGUUAAUUUGUUAAAACGUGGCUCAAACGAGUCGAAUGAUUUUUCAUCCUCGCAGGGAUGUUUGAUUGUCAAUCAAACCGGUUCACCUGACUGUGCGAAACGUUCACGUGACAUUGAUGAUCAAGAAGUGUUGGACUUAACGAUCAAUUCCUCACUAGGACCAGUGAACGGAUCCAAGCCAUCGUCAGCUCACGAUCCUGACACAACCGGUGUGUUGUUCUACUCGAAAUCCCCGUCAAGUACACCAAGCCCUCAAUCUUCGAGUUCUUCGCAAACGAACUUUACUUCGUUUGUGAUGGGAAAGGGAAUGGACCAAACACAGCAGUCCACAUGGUGCACUACUCCGCAACCUGCACACACAGCAAAGUUGUGUAGUCCAGUGCCGAUACCGCAGGGUAACCUGUUCCCCACCUCCUGCCUUGCUCCAGUCGACUUCAAUGCACUUAUGCAACAUCAUAUGGGAGUUAAUGCAGCGGCGGUUGCGGCCGCAGCUGCCUCUCUUAAUCUGUUCGGAGCAACCCCUUGGGCGAGGCGUCGAGUCAGAUCACAGGUUCCCAUUUUCUUCGUUGUCAGAGGCAACAAAACCUCGGAGAAGCCGGUGCUGGAGAGGGUCAAUCGAGGGUUAAUUGUGACGCGAGCGACGUCAAAGAAGAUGGCCUCGUCCAUAACCAGUCUUGUGCACUCAGAGAAGAAACUUGCUGAGGAUAUCUGCUAG